AUGCCUGCCUCGUCCGAAGUACACCCAUUAUUGCAAUCAUGUCAGACUCAGGCGACUCGUCCAAGACGGAGAAGAAAAGGGCAGCGCCGAAAGGAGCGUCUGAAGAACCUCGAACGGGCCGAACGGGAACGGACGUCGACCCAUGCAGACGAAUUGGAGCGCUUGAGACGCGAGAUCAACGAGCUGCGGCUCGAAAACGAGAACCUGCGAUUAUACCAUGAGCCGUCCCCGCGAAGUUCUCCAGUUCCACCGAUUGUCUCGAGCCCGUCCUACGCGGCCAGUCCACUGCCUCCCGUCGGGAUGAGCAGCCAACAUCUCAGCGACUCCAACCAAAGGCCAUCGCAUGCGCUUCCGUCCCGCUCGUCGAACACGUCCGACGCGGGAGUGCCGCUGUGCGUGCUAUUUCCCAGGGACAUUGCCGAAGUACGACGCGACUUGCACGAGAGACUCGCGCCGGUGUUGGAUCUGAGUGUCGUGACGGAUCCGCAACGACACCUGGCGACCCUGGCCGUCUUAGGGCCGUCAUUGCCCGCCGCGCUUCAACCGACUUUUCUCCAGCUGCAGACACCCCAUCACGCGUACAUCGACCUGAUUCCGUCGCCUGCCCUCCGCGACCGGUUGAUCCGGGCCGAAUUCGAGACGGCCAACGCCUUCCUGACGGAGGUGUGCACCUUUGUCUACGAGACGGAGGACCGGGGGCCAGCUGACCAUCUGGGGCGACGACUAUCUGAGCGAGUUCUCGUGGGAAUUUUCGGCGGACGUCCUUGA